AUGAGUUACCUUUAUGAGCAAAUAACUGGGGAUCAGUCAGAAAUGUGUGAACCCUCAGAAUCAGACAAUGAAGAAAUUAGAGAUCAGGUAAAUACAGUAUACAUACUAUAUAAACUUGAUUUUCCUUAAUUGCAUGUUCGUUGUUCAGGAUUAAAUGUGUUAUGACUUAGCUGUUAUUCUAUAAUGUAUAUUCUCAUUUUAGGGUACUGCUGCUGCGUCUGAGACUGAGUCUUCUGGUUCGAAACGUAAAAAGAAAAACCUGUGCGACCAUAUUUAUGACGUCGAAGUUGACUUUUACAAGAAGAAAGAUAAAGUCUCGUCUGUCAUUGAAGAAGUCCAAGUGUUUUGUAGAAGUGACAUUGAUGUUGAAAAAUACAUAUCCAUGGAGGGAGAAUUUGAUAUUCUUGCGUUUUGGAAAGAUCACAAAAAUAUUUAUCCCAGACUAGCAAAGGUGACACAGUUCAUUUUGGCCUGUCAUGCAAGCAGUGCACCAGUGGAAAGAUCGUUUUCUCAAGCCGGGUGGACUAUUAACAUUCGAUGUACAUGCCUUUCACAAAAAAAUGUCGAUGUGUUACUUUGUAUAUGAAGCUUUCAUAAGCAGGAAGCGUGGAGCGCUCUGAAUAUGGAUGAAGAAGAUGAAUAG